AUGUCUUUUGUGAAACACCCUUUACAACGCUUGUCCAGUCCGUCAUGGGGCGUUUCUGCCUUGAUCCACGUUCUAGGUCUCGCCAGUUUUGUCUGGUCUUUCAAAUUUCAGACAAAUAAUGACUUGAACGGCAGCAACGAAGCCUAUGGUUGGCACUUCCAGUAUCUGACCGUCAUCGGCCUAUCGCUGGCUACUCUCACCUUCGCCGCCGGCCUUCUCGCCGAUCUGACCCUUUCUCCGCGCAUCUUCCUGGUCAAGAACCUCCUGUCCAUCUGCAGCACCCCGUUGGAGGUGCUGAUCGGCUUUCUCUACUGGGGUCUCCGACUGAUCGAUGAACGACUCGUCGUCCCGGAGUGGGUAUACAUCCCCAUGAACGCUGACCUCAGCUUUCACGCCGCUCCCGCCAUUGUCCUGUUGAUUGACUUGCUCUUUCUCUCCCCACCUUGGACCGUCAGCAUUCUUCCCGCUCUGGGAAUCUCCAGCUCCAUCGCUGUCGGUUACUGGUUUUGGAUUGAACACUGUCAUGCCCAUAAUGGCUGGUACCCAUAUCCCAUCUUCGAGCAGUUCGAUUUAGAAGGCCGCGUCGCGCUGUUCAUCCUGAGCGCCAUCGUCAUGGCCCUGAGCACGGCGACCCUACAGGCUUUGUACGGUCGGGUCAACGGCUAUGGAACGGACUCCCCCCUCUCAACCUCCACCGACUCAACAAUCCUCCACGCCGAAGCCGCCUUUCCCAAAAACAACCUCACCAAAGCCUCCGCCCGCACCUACACCAAGCGCCUCGCCCACAUCUUCCGCACGCACUUCUCCAUCGGCGCCCACGGACCCGGCAGAGACACCGUCCUCUGCAUCUCCUCCAACCAGGUCCUCCUGCCAGCAGCCUUCUACGGCAUCAUCGCCGCAGGCGGAGUCUACGCUGCUGCGUCUGCAGCACUGACUGUGUCGGAGCUAGCGAAGCAGAUUACGCUGUCGCGGAGUACGCUUGUUGUUGCUAGUGCCGAGUUUGCGGAGAAGGCCGUGCAGGCGGCGAGGCGGUGUGGGUUGUCUGAUGGGAGGGUGGUUGUGCUGGAGAGCAUGGGGUUGAAGAGGGUUUUGCGCCCUGCGGUUGGGGAGGGGUCGGUGGGGGUGAAUUAUCUAGCUGGGGGUGAGGACGAGCUAGACUGGGAGCGCGUGACGGAUGCUGCCACGCUCGAGUCCCGACUUAUCAUCCUGCUGUAUUCGAGUGGGACGACCGGCCCGCCGAAGGGCGUUAUGCUGUCUCAUCGGAAUCUCGUCGCUGAGGCGCUUCUUCCACAGCUGAUGCUGCGCGAUUCGCGGAGACGCGUUGGCGCGGUGGCGCCGCCGUACCGCACGGUGGGCCAUCUGCCGACGGCGCAUAUCGCUGGUUGCCAGGGGUACUUUGUUACGCCUGCCGUUGCAGGCGGGACAGUGUACUGGAUGGAGCGGUUUGAGGUGGGUGCGUUUGCGGAGUACUGUCGGCUGUACGGGGUGACGUACUUGUCGACGGCGCCGCCGGUGUAUCUGAGCAUUGCGGAGAGUGAGCGCGCGGGGCGGGAGCAUUUCCGUGCGCUAGUGCGUGCUGAGUCCGGCGCUGCGCCGUUGAGUUUGGAGGUGCAGCGCAGAGCGGAGGAGAAGCUGGGGUGUGUGAUUACGCAGCGGUGGGGACUGACGGAGUCGACGGGGAGUGUUACUUCUAUGCCUUGGGGACAGGAGGAUCCUACAGGGAGUAUUUCGCCGCUGAUGCCGAAUACGCGGUUGAGGAUUGUGGGUGGGGAUGGGAGAGAUGUGGAGGAGGGAGGGGAGGGGGAGUUGCUGGUGAAAGGGCCGAUGGUCAGUCGGGGGUAUUUUGAGAAUGAUGAUGCCACUGCGGCGGCGUUUAUGGGGGGUGGGUGGUUUCGCACGGGGGAUAUUGGGGUGUGGCGUGAGGGACGGAUCUACAUGGUUGAUCGGAUGAAGGAACUCAUCAAGUAUAAGGGUUUGCAGGUCUCCCCGGUUGAAGUCGAGGCGCAUCUCUUGACGCAUGAUGCUGUGGCCGAUGUGGCUGUCGUCGGGGUGUCUGAUCCUGCUGCUCCGGGGAAUGAAUUGCCGCGGGCGUAUGUUGUCAGAAAAGCGGGAAAGGAUGUCUCAGAGGAGGAGCUGAAGGAGUAUGUCAAGUCUGGCAUGUCGUCUCACAAACAGCUCCGGGGAGGGGUUGUGUUUGUUGAGGCGAUUCCCAAGAAUGGGUCUGGUAAGAUAUUGCGGAGAGUUCUCCGGGACGAGGCCAAUAUGCGACAGUCCAUAGGACAGGCGAAGCUAUAA